GGUGCCGGGUCACGUGCUCCGGCUGCCGCUCUGUACGCGGCUCGUGUAACCGGGAGCAGCGGGCAGAGAGCGGGCCAUGGCGGCAGACGAGCUGGCUUCCAGGCUGAACAUGCGGCUGAAGCUGGGGGCCGGCGCCGGCGGUGGCGGUGGCGGCGGCGGAGAGCCGGAGGAUGCGGAGUCAGCUCGGCCAGAGGGGGACAGGCGGCCAUGCCGGAGGGUCUUCAACCCAUUCACCGAGUUCAAGGAGUUCAGCAGGAGGCAGAUCAAGGACAUGGAGAGCAUGUUCAAGCAGUACGAUGCGGGUAAAGACGGCUUCAUAGAUCUCAUGGAACUGAAGCGAAUGAUGGAGAAGCUGGGAGCCCCCCAGACACACCUCGGCCUCAAGGACAUGAUUAAGGAAGUGGACGAAGACUUCGACGGGAAACUCAGCUUCCGGGAGUUCCUGUUGAUCUUCCGGAAAGCAGCGGCCGGGGAGCUGCAGGAGGACAGCGGCUUGCACGCUCUCGCCCGCCUCUCGGAGAUCGAUGUGUCCAUCGAGGGUGUCAAAGGGGCCAAAAGCUUUUUUGAAGCAAAGGUGCAGGCGAUGAGCGACGGCAGCCGCUUCGAGCAGGAGAUCAAAGCGGAACAAGAGGAGAAGAAGAGGCAAGCGGAGGAGAAGGAGCAGAGGAAAGCCGCCUUCAAAGAGCUGCAGUCCGCCUUCCGGCCCUGACGGCCCCCGAGCCAAAUAUUUUCAUAGCAUGCAGAGAAAUAUAUAUAUAUAUAUAUAAAGUACGGAAAUCCCUCUAAUUUAUUGCUUCGGACGGACCGAUAAAGUUCACCAUUUUAUUAGUGAUUCCAUUUUUUAAUUCUGUUGCAGACGAUAUUUUUUUAUGUCAUUCUACACUUGUUUUUUUUGUGUGUGAAACGUGUAAAUAAAGACAUUGCAGCUAC